GACUCUAAGUAUAAAGUGUUCGUCGUUGAUGAAGACGGAGUGAAUUAGAGAACAAACUUCUUCCAGCGAAACUAGGAUAAACACCAAAAAGCAAAUAGCGGACCAAAAGCAAAAUGAGUUCAGAUAUGAAAGUGUUGGUUAUUGGAGCCGGUAGCUUCCCUGUCAGAUCAUUAUCAUGACUUCGCUAACAUAAGCAGGCACUACCGGUCUAUUGAUAGCGCAAGGACUCAAGAAGGCAGGCAUAACUUUCGAGAUAUUCGAGCGAGCAGCCUCAGCAAACCCUACCGAGCGUGCUCGCGACUGGUCGAUGGCUUUACAUUGGGGCUCGCAACAUCUUAAUACAUGCCUUCCAGACGAAAUCUUUGCGAAAGUGAAAUCCGCUCAAUGCGAUCCUUAUUAUGAGGAUGAACAAGAAACUAUGCCACCUUUGCCAUUCAAGAAUGCGCAGACCGGAGAAAUAUUAUUAACUCUUCCGUCCGAUGGUCUAAGACGUGUAGGCAGACAGAAACUGAGAAAAUUGUUCUCCGAGGGUCUACAGAUACAAUAUAACAAGAGACUCACCUCCUUCACAGCUUCGGAUACAGAUGUCACAGUCACAUUCGAAGAUGGGACCUCGACUACAGGAACCCAUCUCGUAGGCGCCGAUGGAGCGAGAUCCUUACUUCGUACUACUGUACUUGGGGAUAGAGGAAACCUCACAUCUAUGCCUUAUACCCUUUACAAUAUGAAAACGACCUAUACGGCGGAGCAGGCUCUUUAUCUGAAAAAUUCUCCUGCUUUUCAUCCUAUCAUGAAUUUUGGGACUAAUCACGAGCUUAAAUCCUGGGCUAUGUUGGUUAUUUUAGAUGUUGUGGAUAAGGAAAAACCUGAGACUUGGGUAUUCCAACUAUUGUGCAGUUUUCUCCAAGAGGAUCCGGUGCACCAAGCACAUGCGACUGCUUUGAGCAGCCAGGAGAGACUUGAGACUCUACAGAGUAAUGUGGAGCUAUGGACUGAUCCAUGGAAAAGCGCUAUCAAAUGGUUGAAAAAGGGGACUGAAGUAAGUUGUGAUCUACUAUUCUUGUAGCUGUUGUUGUAUCUAGGCAUGCCACUAAUCAAAACCUUUUAGGUUCCUGCGGACAUAUGUACGUUAUGGAAGGACCCCGUGCAAUGGGACAACCAUCAUGGUCGUGUAACCAUCGCAGGUGAUUCUGCUCAUCCAAUGCCACCUCGUAAGAUUCAAUUCCGCCAUACUUUAAGCAUGUUAUGCACUAACGCCCGCUUCUUUAGAUCGUGGUCAAGGCCUCAAUAAUGCCAUCCAGGACGCAGCAAGUUAUGUCAAAGCUAUAAGAAAUAUCAAUGAAGGAAAUAUCUCUUCUGAAAGGGCCAUAUCUGCUUAUGAUCUAGAGGUACUUCAGCGUGGAAAGUUGGAAAUAAGUAUAUCUGCUGCUUCGGCUGUAGCUACGCAUGAUAUCGACCGGUUUAAGGAGGGUCCUUUGGUUAAAAUAGGCAUGAAACAACCGAAUGCAGGAGAUGAGGUUGCCGUUACUGCUUAGGCUGAGGGUAUAGAAAAAGACAUGAUUACCAUGGCAGGGUGAAAGACAAGAUCAUGCGAUGCAUUAACGCGGAAGAAAAUUUGUGGGUCCGGUUUGGUAUCGUCAACAUAACAUGCUGUCAGAUAAUUCGAUCUUAUAUCUUACACCACGAGUAACACCGACCGUUUGGAUUUGGGACUUUCUAUUCUUAGGCAAUAAUACUUUAUAUAUACAAGACAUUUUUUCAAAAAGAUCAGGAUAGCCAA